AUCAUAUAGAUAUGAGCCGAUCAUUAAUUUCAGUUUCCGAACGGGUUACUUUCAGAUUGUGAUGGGGUUAACCAAAUCAUAGUUUCCGAAAACCCUUCAAUUCAUUAUUGGCUGUAACCUAAUAUAUGAUUCGUAAAAUAGAAGAAGUGUUUUGUCUCGAUGAAAUAGUUUAAGUUUUUUUCUAAUUAUUUUUAAAAUGAACAAUAAUAUAAAACAUUGUUUAUCGAAAAUUUUUCAACCUAUGACCAUUAUCCCAAAGAAUUCAAAUUUAUCAAGACAACAGGUUACAUCGAAAAGCCAAAGGUUGAUGUUAGAAUUAGGUAUUAUCCAACAAUCUAUCCCUGGAUGUUUUCAUCUACUUCCUCUAGGAUUGAAGUCGUUAGAAAAGUUGAUCAAAAUUGUUGACGAUGAAUUAUUCAAAAUUGGAGGACAGAAACUACUGUUUCCUACGCUCACCAAAAGUCAACUUUGGGAAAAGAGUGGUAGAUUGGAAGAUGUAGGACCUGAACUUUUUCAACUGGAAGAUCGUCAUAAACAUAGUUACAUUUUAAAUCCUACACACGAAGAAGUAGCUGGUGAAUUGCUAUCUAUGUUAGCACCAAUUUCAUACAAAAGUUUCCCAUUGAGAUUGUAUCAGAUCUCCAAUAAGUUCAGAGAUGAAAUAAAACCGAGAUUUGGUUUGAUGAGAGGAAGAGAGUUUAUUAUGAAGGACAUGUAUAGCUUUGACGUUGAUAUAGAUAAUGCAAAAAAGACUUAUGAAGAAGUUUGUCAAAGCUAUAAUAAUAUUUUUGAUGCCAUCGGAGUUGAAUAUGUGAAAAUUCCAGUUUUGGGUAAUUCUGGCACAAUGGGAGGCUCACUGUCUCACGAAUAUCAGUUUAAAGCUCAAAUAGGUGAAGAUAAUGUUCUAAAUUGUAGCUCUUGUAACUACACUGCCAAUACUGAAUUAUGUGGUGAUCACAAAUGUCCAAAUUGUGGAGAAACUACUAUAAAUAUCCAAUGUGGAAUAGAAGUUGGUCAUACAUUUUAUUUAGGAGAUAAGUAUUCAAAAGUUUUUAAUGCUACUUAUGUUGGAAAAGACGGAAAAUCAGAAAUAUUACAAAUGGGAAGUUAUGGAAUUGGUAUAAGCAGACUUUUAGCUGCUUCUCUUGAAGUUUUAUCAUCAGAGAAUGAAUUGAGGUGGCCUAGUGUCUUAGCACCUUAUAAUGUCAUCAUAUUACCUCCCAAAUCUGGCAGUAAUGAAGAAACUCCAACUGAGGGUAGAGCAACCGAUUUAUAUACAAAACUUGAAAAUAUGAUACCAUGUUUGAAAAAUAAUGUUCUUUUGGAUGAUAGGACUUCUUUAACGAUAGGGCGACGAUUUGUGGAUGCUAAAAGAGUUGGUUAUCAAUUUAUAAUAGUAAUUAAUAAGAAAACUGCCCAAGAAGUUCCUUUAUAUGAAUUGAACGAUAUAAAAAACAAUUCGCAGAUGUAUCUAACAGAAGAGGCGUUAAUAGAUUAUAUUAAAAAAAAUAUUAGAAUGAAUCAAACUUAAAACAUGUAUUUUGUAUA